CGACCUUCGGGCCAGGGAUUUCUGAAACCCUAAAUCUGACACUCCUUAUUCCUUACUCGCUCUCCAUUUGACAACGCCGUUCGCAUUCGGGUCGUCUCUCUUCUUCUCGCAGCCCCCCGAAAAUGCCGAAGCAAAUCCACGAGAUAAAAGACUUUCUUCUCACUGCAAGAAGAAAGGAUGCCCGUUCUGUCAAAAUCAAGAGGAGCAAAGAUGUAGUUAAGUUUAAGGUUCGCUGCUCGAAGUACCUUUACACGCUCUGCGUGUUCGACUCUGAGAAGGCAGACAAAUUGAAGCAGUCUCUUCCACCAGGUUUGAGUGUGCAAGAUCUUUGAAGAAGUAGGGAGUCAUUUUCUGAGAUGGGUAUGAAAAAAUUCAGGAGCUGAAGGAGAAGUUUGCCAUUUCUUUUGUAUUCGCAGUCAUGCUGGAUGUUUUAUUUACGAAGUGAUCCCCAUUUUUGUCAUAUGCUAGAGAUAUUGGAGUUUGUUUUCCCUUUUAGUGUUUCUUAAAUUUUAUGAACCCUUUCAGAUUUUGAACACUCGAGAUUUCUAGUUCAAUCAAAUCACCAUUGGCUCGUUUGCUCCUUUAUUU